GUGGUCAACUUACCAGUGCUCCAAUUGGGUUAGUGGCGUCUACCCAAUAAUUCACUUUAAUCGAAACCGACAAAACUCAUUUCACCAACGCACUUGCACAAAUGACCACCACAGUCAUUACCACUCUCCCUCAUUUUAGUAAUCUCUCCAGGGGUAUUUUCGUCAGACCAAAUUUCUCUUUCCCCUUCUCUCCCUCCCGCCGUCUCGCCGGAAAUCUAGCCUCUUCUAACAUGGCCGCCGCCGCCGCCGCUAUAUCCCCGGUUCCAAAAGACGACCUCGAGCGCAUCGCGAAAAUCUCGGCGACUAUUCGCGUGAUUCCCGACUUUCCUAAACCAGGGAUUAUGUUCCAGGAUAUAACGACUUUGUUGCUUGAUCCGGUGGCGUUUAAGGAUACUAUUGACUUGUUUGUUGAGAGAUACAAGCACAUGAAUAUCUCCGUUGUUGCAGGUGUUGAGGCUAGAGGUUUCAUAUUUGGUCCUCCAAUUGCAUUGGCUAUUGGGGCAAAAUUUGUUCCCAUUAGAAAACCCAAGAAAUUGCCAGGGGAGGUUAUUUCGGAGGAGUAUUCCUUGGAAUAUGGAACUGACAAAAUGGAGAUGCACGUAGGAGCGGUUCAACCAGGGGAUCGAGCCUUAGUGGUAGAUGAUCUCAUUGCAACCGGGGGGACCUUAUGCGCUGCAAUGAAACUACUUGAGCGUGUUGAGGCUCAUGUGGUCGAAUGUGCUUGUGUUAUAGAGUUGGCUGAGCUGAAGGGUCGGGAUCGUCUAGGUGAGAAGCCACUGUUUGUGCUGGUUAGCUCAACUUGAUAUGGCGUGUACCAAAAACAGCCCUUUAUAGUCAUUUUAUUAUGUAACAGCCAUCUCAAAAGCACUAACGGUAAUUUAUUUUUUAUGAAUUGAGGUUUCAUUCUUGGAAUUGAUUUAAACAACGUAUCAAGCUCUGAUGAAUUAAGAUUUCACCACUGUUGAAUAGUAGUGAAUUCAGAACAAUGUUCCAUUUGGUCGGAACACUGGAGGAAUGAAAUUUGUAUUAUUUUGUGAGAAAAAUGAAUUUUUUAUUA